AUGGGCCUAUUCCAUUCUCAUAUUUUUGCUACCAAAGCUGAAAUUCGCAAGGAUACUUCGGGACAAUUUCAGAUUGCACUUCUUCUGGGUGAUGUUCCUGAACGAAUCAAGAUUCUUCGAAAUUGUGGCCAGAAAUCGCUCGCCUAUCUCACUGCCGUCACUCAUGCAAUGCAUAAAGAAGCUGCCCAGCUGGCGGAAGAGCUAGCACUCGUCUGUCAGGAUAAAUCAAAUGAUUCUGACACUGAUUCUCAGGUUUCUACCAAUAUUACUGUUAAUGACUACCUACCGCAACCUUUGUCAAAAGCCAAACUGCUGUUACCUCCAGCACCCAUACUGCACACCGACACAAUCGCAGCGAGAACAGCUGUAGCCAGCUCCACAAUUCCAUUUAGCCCCGAAGUAGCUGGUAUAGCGCAGGCAGGCAUCAACUGGCCCCUCUUGAGCAGGCAGCGCGACUUUUUCGAGACAGCGAUGCUUGCCCGUAACAAAGCGGGUAUAGCCUAUCAGGGAGGCAGUGCUUCUGGAGGUAUUAUCGGAAAUGUGGAGAAGCUGGAUGGAACAGCGUUCGCCGCCUCAAGUCUGGCCAUCCAGCAGACCGUGAAUAUAGAAGAUUCUGCUUGGGAUCUUGAAGGUGUCCAUUAG